AUGCAACUCGAAGGUCUUCAGAUCCAGAUGAGAAUAGAACUGUCUGCUCUAAGACCCAAUUGCGACAACACUCAACGACAAAAUCGGUCUGAUGAUCACAACAUACAACGACCAACUGAACUGAAUAUAGAUACACUCAGCUCUUAUAUUUUUUACGUAAGAGAUUCUCCCGCCAGUGACGAAAUAGAACAAGCUCUUCAUACAACAGUCAGAGGUACUCAACAAUUCUAUCGAACAGAACGUAAACAUGCCUGUUAUAAUUCUUAUCUUAUUGACGUAUUUAUCAACACCCCAAAAGGGUAA